CAGACACACAUUCAUGAAUCAUGACAUUCACACAAGCAAGUAGCAACAUCUAAAAUACUAAAGGAUCAAGGGACGCUUGACAACAAAAUGACGGCGGUAUCAACUUUGCCGUCAUCACAAUCAAUAAUUCAAGUUGUCAACGAAGCUAAUCUCAAUAAAAUUGAAAGCUUUCUAAACGACACAGCGUACAGGGAAGCCAUUGAAAACUCGUCGACCUACAACACAAGAUUAUGUCGAGAACGAAGACUACGUAUGCCUUUUUUGGAUUCCCAGACAGGAGUCGCCCAAAAUCAUUCGAAUUUAUUUAUGUCAUCGAGAGAACGUUUACCUGGCUUAUUACAUGGACAAAUAUACACAUAUCCAAGUAAAAGAUGGAGAAAGAAGAGACGUCAAUAUUUAAUGCAUUAUUUACAUCCAAAACGUGUUGGUAGAGGUGAUGUUGAUGAUGGAAAUGAAGGAGUUGAUAGUAAUAUUGUUGGUAUAAAUGAUGAUAGUAAAGAAUCAUCAGCUAUUAAAGAUGAACAUAGUAAAGAUGCUUGGUACUAUGAUGAACAAGAUAUUAUUGAUAUGGAUGCCUUUGAUGAACCAGAUCCAGAUAGUGAUUAUGAUUAUGAAGAAAGUUAUAGUGCUAAAAGAAAAAGAAGAAGACCUAGAGGUGGUGGACAUCAUCCAACAAGAAGUCAUCCACCUGUUGUUGAUAGUCCAGCACCUAAAAGAACAAAGGGUGGUGGUAGAGGAAGAAAAAAAGCCAACUAUGAUGCAUCAACAGACUCUGACAAACCAUUCGUGUGUGACCUAUGCGGCGCACGGUAUAAAACCAGACCCGGUUUGGUUUACCAUUACGGUCAUUCCCACUCUACUUCCUCUGGUGAUCCUGCUAAGGAACUAAGUCCCAGUCCUGCCGAUGUCGAAUCACGGAGCGUUGCAGACACCGCUGCUUCGGACCAGCCAGGUGGUACACGUCGGGGUCGACAAAGUACAACUGCCGCCUCGAGUACCUCAAGUCCUGCCCCAGUAUCAAAUGCAAAUCCUUCAACCGGGGGGGCACCGCCUCAGCCAGUGCAGCAGCAACAGCUGCCACCGGUUCAGACGAGUGUCGCUCCAGCUUCACCUACUGUCUCAGCUCAAAAGGAAGAUCUUCAAUCAAUGAUGGUUGGUUCACCAAGUUCCAUUGCCACAACAUCACCUGGAUCACAUAAUCGUAAUGAUAUUAUUGGAAUUAAUAGUAAUCAUCAAACAAAUUGUACAACAACUGGAAGUGGUACAACAAUAACAGCAACAACAACAACAUCAUCAUCAUCUUCAUCAUCACCACCACCACCAAGAACAACACCACCAACAACAAAUGAAGGUGGUGGUAGUGGUAAAAGAGGUGGUAAAGCAGCAGCACCAUCACCAUAUUGUGACUUUUGUCUUGGUGAUGCUAGAGAAAAUAAAAAAACUGGUGGCUCUGAAGAAUUGGUCUCUUGCAGUGAUUGCGGUCGUUCAGGCCAUCCAACUUGUUUGCAAUUUACUGCAAAUAUGAUUGUAUCUGUUAGAAAAUACAGAUGGCAAUGUAUCGAGUGUAAAUGUUGCUCAAUUUGUGGAACAUCUGAUAAUGAUGAUCAAUUGCUGUUUUGUGAUGACUGUGAUCGUGGUUAUCACAUGUAUUGUCUAUCUCCACCUUUGGCAUCACCACCAGAAGGUUCAUGGUCAUGUCGUCUAUGCAUUGCAGAAUUUCAUCAACGAGAUUAAGAUUAUUAUUAACUCACACACACACAAAACACUAAAAAACAAAUUAUACAUUAAUUAAAACUGGGUGCUGAUGAUAGUCAUACUCAAGAUUUAAUAUUUUCUUUUUUUUUUUUAAAUUUUUUAUAAAAGAAAAAUUGAUAACAUUUCCUCGAGUGAGAAUCUCUCGUGGCAGCUGUAUCCGUCAUUUAAAUUUACGAAAAAAAAAAAACACAAGUAACAAUCUUUUUUUUUUAUUUAAAAAAUAAAAAAAACGUGUAAGAUUUCUUUGUUGUCUUUCACCUGUUGAAUAUCGAAUGACAAAAACGGAAGACUCUUCUUUACUUUCAUAUAAGAAAAAGAGAAAAAAAAAAUGUCGUUUUUUUAUAUAUAUAAAAAAAAAAGAAAAGGAUAUGAUUAUUUUCAAUUUUACAUAUUGAGCCAUAAUAUUUUUUUAAAUAAUUUUUAUAAUUUAAUCAAUUGUUUUUCACUUAGUACAUAAAAAAAAUGAGUUGAAUUUUUUUUUUAUUCAUAAUUAUUAUUAUCAAUUCUCAGGCACUGAUUAAUUCAGAAUUAUAAUUAUCAUUUUUGUAUCAAAUAAUAUUCAAUAAUGUAAAUUUUGUAAAAUGAAAAUGGCUUAGGUAGAUUUCAAUAUCAAUUUAUUUUAUACUUUUUUUUUUUUUCCAAUGAAUUAUUUAACAGUUUUAACUGCAAGCUACUGUAAAUGUUGUUUUUUUUUUUUAAUACUAUAAUUCAUUAUUUAAAAAAAAAAAAAAAAACAGUUGAAUAAUUAUGUGACAAAGAAAUUAUUUAAAAAAAAAAAAAAAAAAGUAAUUAUUGUAGCCAGAGAUGGAGACUGAUUCGCAAAUCAAUCGAAACCGUUGUAACGUAUUUCAAGAUUUGUCGUGAAAUAAUGUAAAUUUUAAUAAUUCACUAAAACUUAUAUAAAAUCAAUGGACAAUAUAGUGAAACUGGACAUAAAAAUUUAUUAAAAUGAAUCAUUAAAAUUAUGAUAAAUACGACAAUACCUUCUUAGAUGAAAAAAAGUUUUAAAAAAAAUUUAAAAACCGCCAUAAUUAUUAAAGAAAAAACUUGGAAUGCUUUGUAAAGAUAAAAAAAAAAAAGAGAAACAAAUUAUGUUCUUUUCUCAGUGAAUAAUUUUAGUCAAGGCCAAGUAAUAUAUGUCUAUUUUUUUUUUUUCAUUUUUAAUCAAUUUUCCAUAGUAAUUUUUCUAAUCUGUGGUAUAAUUUUUUUUUUUUUUUUUUUAAAUAAAUAUUACUGUUUGCUGAAACUGUGAAAAUAAAAGUGUGAUUAAAUUCUCUUGGAGAAAACUGUAUAACUAAAAUUAGUUUACUUUGUAUAAAAGUCAGGAUAGAAAAAAAAAUACUCAAAAAAAAAAAAACCACUAUACGUUUGAUUUAAAAAAUAAUAUCAAAUUUUUAUUUUCAUUUUUUUGUUUAUAAUUAUUUUUCAAGGCAGUAUUUUUAUAUUUUAUACAUGGAGUGUACUUAAUUUUAUUCGUUGUGGUUAAUGCUCGAAUAAACAAUAAUGAAAAAAAAUAAAUUUAAAAAAAACUAAGGCUAAUGGAAAAACCA